CUGGAAACCGGUGGAAUCUGCUCGGAGUGAGGAGAGCGAGCCUCCGGACUCCCAGCCGCCCAGCAUGUGAACCGACGCUCGGCGUGAAGCAAAGUCGAAAACCCUGGAAAUAAGAACCUUCGCGUUCUCAGUGCUCGUCGUUUUGCGCCAAAGUUGAAGACGCUGGAAGAAAUUCGAGCUGCAUUUUCCCGAAGAAAACGGGACUUUUAAGUGGUAUUUCCAGCGGCUCGGGAGUGAGAGUGGACUGCUUGGAGUCACUUACAAAGACCAUUAAGAAGUCAUGACACGACGAACGUUUCUCUUGGAUUUAUCUUCAUAAAAGACGAGAGAAAAGUCGACUACAGCCGUUUUAACUUCAACUACUCGGACUGCAAGCUAAGUACCGGGACAAUUACUGUACAUUUUCUCGUGUUUUCAGUCGUUUUUAAGUUGCCCUACUUGGAUCAAAGUUUUUCCUUCCCUCCCCCCUCCUCCUCAACUAUGGCGGCGGCCAGGUUCACCACUGGCUCCGUGUUGCUGCGGAUCAUGUGGCUGCUGUGCGGGCUGUGUUUCUCACCCGCUUCUGCUCAGCAUUACAACAGUGAAAGCGGGAUAUCUGUCCCAGAGCACGGCUUUUGCCAGCCCAUCUCCAUCCCGCUCUGCACCGACAUCGCCUACAACCAGACCAUCAUGCCGAACCUCCUGGGCCACACGAACCAGGAGGACGCCGGGCUGGAGGUGCACCAGUUCUACCCGCUGGUGAAGGUCCAGUGCUCGGCGGAUCUCAAGUUCUUCCUGUGCUCCAUGUACGCGCCGGUGUGUACCGUGCUGGAGCAGGCCAUCCCCCCAUGUCGGUCCCUGUGCGAGCGGGCACGGCAGGGAUGUGAAGCCCUGAUGAAUAAAUUCGGCUUCCAGUGGCCGGAGCGGCUCCGCUGCGAGGCUUUCCCCGUCCACGGAGCCGGUGAGAUCUGCGUGGGCCAGAACACAUCCGAACCAGGCAGCCCAUCCUCCUCCUCGUCCCCCUAUGCGCCCGAACCUGUGACCCUUCCCCCCAGCAUUGUCAGGCCGAACCCACGCCCGCCCCAGCACAACCAGUACCACCAGUUCUCCUGCCCGCUGCAGCUGGAGGUGCCCACCUAUCUGGGUUACAGAUUCAUGGGAGUCAAAGACUGCGGGGCCCCCUGUGAGCCUACAAAGCCCACCGGGAUCAUGUACUUCAGGGAGGAUGAGGUGAAAUUCGGCCGGCUGUGGGUUGGCAUCUGGUCCAUCCUGUGCUGUGUGAGCACAUUAUUCACUGUGCUCACCUACUUGGUGGACAUGCGGCGGUUCAGAUACCCGGAGCGGCCCAUCAUCUUCCUGUCAGGCUGCUACUUUAUGGUGGCUGUAGCCUACGCUGCGGGCUUUUUCCUGGAGGACAAAGUGGUUUGCGUGGAUAAAUUCAAGGUGGACGGCUACAGGACUGUAGCUCAGGGGACCAAGAAGGAGGGCUGCACCAUCCUCUUCAUGGUGCUCUACUUUUUUGGUAUGGCCAGCUCCAUCUGGUGGGUGAUUUUGUCCCUGACUUGGUUCCUCUCUGCCGGGAUGAAAUGGGGUCAUGAGGCGAUCGAAGCCAACUCUCAGUACUUCCACCUGGCUGCGUGGGCUGUCCCGGCCAUCAAAACCAUCACCAUCCUCGCCAUGGGCCAGGUGGACGGAGACGUCCUGACCGGGGUGUGCUUCGUCGGGAUCUUCAACGUGGACGCGCUGCGCGGCUUCGUCCUGGCCCCGCUGUUUGUCUACCUGUUCAUCGGUACAUCCUUCCUCCUGGCCGGCUUCGUGUCGCUGUUCCGGAUCCGCACCAUCAUGAAGCACGACGGCACCAAGACGGAGAAGCUGGAGAAGCUGAUGGUUCGUAUCGGCGUGUUCAGUGUGCUCUACACGGUACCGGCCACCAUCGUGAUCGCCUGCUACUUCUACGAGCAGGCCUUCAGGGAGCACUGGGAGCGGACCUGGCACAUGCAGACCUGCAAGCGCUUCGCCGUCCCCUGCCCGGUCCACAACUUCGCCCCUAUGACCCCGGACUUCACCGUGUUCAUGAUCAAAUACCUGAUGACCAUGAUCGUCGGGAUUACCUCCGGGUUCUGGGUCUGGUCCGGGAAGACUCUUCAGUCAUGGCGGAGCUUCUACAAGCGCCUUAGCAAUGGAAAUCAUGGAGAGACAACGGUGUGAAGUUUGGAGGAUUAAAAGGCACAGCGAGUUUUGGAUACAACAACCCGAAAAUGAGGUCAAAUAGCUUUCAUUUUAAUACUUUUGGAUGUAUUUUUGGAUUGGAUUUUUUUUGUGUUUCCAAGUUGUGGCAGCAGUUCUGGCUUUUAGACAAACUUUUAUCUAUAUUCCUUAGAAUUUGGAUAAAUUUUCAAUAUAUUUCCUUUUUCCCUUUUUUUGUCAUCAAUCCUGGCUUUUGCAUCUUUGGAUUACAAACUGGUGUAAGUGGCCAUACUGGUCCCUGGACAGUGAUGCCAGACUGGUGAAGUUACUUCUUAAUAUAAACUCUCUGCAUAUUAUCAAUUAUAUCCUUUAUAUAACAUUUUGAAUGUACUUGCUGUCUGCUCUUUUGAGAGUUUGUCAGUGGAAAACAUCAUAACAGCAAAGACUGAUGUGUCAAACAGAGUGGGCCUCUGUCCACACUGCAGCAAAAAAGGUCAAAUGUUGGAUCCCUGCAACAGCCACACCCUCUGACUGUGAAUUCCUUGAUUAAGGGUACCUGGAUUACACAUUAGUUACUCUGCUUCUAGAUAAAGACUGAAAAGCUUUAAUACACGUGUUAGAUUCUGCAGAGUACAAUCUUGUCUGUUUUAAUAGGAGGAAUAAUUUAUCAACUCCGCGGCUGUGUGCUGAGUGGCUGCCCAGAAAGCAAAACUAUUUCAUUUUUGCAGUUUUUAAAAAAAAAACUUUUCUCUUAAAAAAUAUUUCACACCGAUGAAUAUUUGCUCAUGUAUUGAAUGUUCCCUCCGAAGUUGAAUGAAGUUACGUACUGGUUUGCACAGUUAUCUUAGGUGUUAAAAAUGACUGCUACACGGCAGAUUGACCUGGAUCUAACAUUUACAGAGACCACACACACACACACACAGCCUCCACUCUGUAAUUGAGACACAACAGCUCAUUGUUUGUCUCCGUGUGUGGUCUCUCAACUGUUGGAUUCCCCAUCAAAAAGACUUUUUAAGCCUUUCAGAAACCCAAAGCACCAUUUCAGUGAUCCAGAUUUAAUCCACAAGAGUGCAAAUGGUUGCUCUGGAUUUUUAAAGUCAUUUUAUCCUGGGUAAAGAUGACUCUUCACGUUGUCGCCUAUAUCCUGCUCAAUGUUACUCAAUUUGCCUUACUCCCUAUUAAUUUCACUUGAAGUGUUAAUAGUUUUGACAAGCAGACUGAACAUGUUAGACUUUUUUUUUCUUUCAUUAUUGUUUUAGUGUCUGGGCUGCCCCUACGCAAGUCUGCAAACCACAGUGAAGCUGCAUGUGUGCUCUCUGCUUCUGGAGACAGGAUUGUUUGAUGUUCUAGUUUGGGAAAUGCCAGGACAGAGGUGAGGGGUCACAACCAUGUGGGAAUAUUUUUAUGUGGAGAGUGUAGUGUAGACAGACUGUGCAGUGUUGAGCAGCAGGUGAGCGCUGUAUCCUGGACAGAACCACCUCAGUAAAGCAGGUUAUAACAACAAAAUGCCAGGUCAUAGAAAUUUAUAUAUUUUAAGUACAUUUUAAUAAGAAGAGCCAGCCAACUAAAUGCUUUUAUAAUCAAAAUAACACAAUUCCAGGGCUGGGGAUGUUCGUUUACUUUCUGAAGUGGUUUUGAAAGCUUUGUAGAAACACUUUGAAGUCAAGCGAGAAAACAGUAAAUUUAGAAUUAUAAUAGUGCCAAAUACAUCAUUGAUGACAGCAGCAUUAAUAAUGAUUUAGCCCCAGUGGUAAGCCAGCGUUGCUUGCAGCUCACUGAUUGUUUGAACUGAAUUAGGAAGUCACAGUUCACGUCUCAGACUAAAUAAUGGAAUCAGUUGCAGGUCCUGUGGGGAAACAAAACCAUGUUUUUACUGUGACUGUGUCAGCUGCGAGGCAGCACAUGAUAGCCAGAAGGUUUUGUUUUUUGUCAUAUAGCACAUUUUCUCUGCAUACAUCACAUAGUAAUAAUAAUGAAUGGGAACACUGCAGCAGUGAGGGACAGCUCACAGCAUAAUGACCUUCUAGACUUGGCAUUCUAGUUAUUUUCGUUGCUGGAGCUGUGUCUCAAAUCCACAUAAGAUUCAUACUAAAAAUGUGUACUUUAUACCAAUCUUCAUAGUAUACUUUAAAGCAGUUUGUAUAUAAAAACAAUUCAGAUUUCCCAUGUGAAUGUACUACAUACCUCAAACGCUGGUUAGAACUUGUUUGUAGGACUGAGUUAGAAAACAGGUCAACACUAAAGGCUACACUCAUCCAUUACAGUUUUACCUAACAGGGCACAGUAGCUCAGUGUUACUACCUUCAGACAGUGUAGAUCUGCCAGCGUCAAUGGUACCAGACUGACUUGUUUGUGUUGUACUGUUUUCAGAAGGAAUAUGAGUGUUUGUGUGUGUAUUUGUAUCAGAACAUAUGCAAACCACCAAGUAAACACAAACUCUGAUUUCUAUUGUAUUUAUGGGGGACACUCAUUUUUUUUUGUCUUUUUUACUUGUCUUUUUAUUUUUUAAUGAGAUAAGCCUGUUCUACGUGUACAGUUUGAAUAAAAGUGUUAAAGUUUGUAA